AGAUUCUGUCACAAAAUUUAAAAAUGAGACCAUAUCAGCAACAUAACUUCUGUGGAAAAUAUUACAGAGAACGAAUAAAUUCUCGGAAUAAUAGAAGUCGUCCAUAUCAAACUCCUCGUUAUAAUAGAAACAACAAUUAUCACAGUUAUUUUAACCAACUAGAGGAUUAUCAAAACAAUCACUUUAAUCGUGGUUAUAAUACUAUGACAAUUCGUCCACAUAUUCGAAAUUAUAACACUAGUUCAAAUCAGAGAUUCCAUUAUAAUGGAAACUACAUUAACAAUAAUAACUUCAGUUAUAACAAUCAAUCCACAGUUAGUCAUCAGUUAAUGAGUUAUCCUCAUCGUGAUUAUAACACUGGUAAUUUCAGUCAAUAUAACCAAAAUUAUAAUAUUAGUUCGAAUAAUGAAAUUCAAAGGAGUUACCCACGGAUUUGUUCCAAUGAUGAAAAACGUCACGACAAAAAAAAAUCAAUUAUAUCAGAGAGAUAUUCAAAAGAUCUGCCAAUCACAGUGCCUUAUAUACAUUCGAAAGAAGAGUAUGAAUCACUGAAAAACAAUAAUAUGAACAUCGUGCAUGAUAUAGGAGCUCCAUUGAAAUCCGAUGAUUUUUCUGCAAAGAGCUUAACUGGUGAAUUAAGUCAAAAUCCAGAAAUUGACGAAACAUCGAAAGAUGACAAAGACACAACUGAAAUGAGCUUGUCAGAUAGAGCAAGUAAAAUGGGUAAUAAUUUUGCUCAAUUUGAAAACCUCUCUUCGCAAGAUAGCUGUCAACUCGUCAUUGAUAUGACAGAUGUAGUGGAUAAUUGUGUACACUGUAGCAAAUCAUUGCUCAACUAUUGGUAAAAACACAUACAAAUGAUAGUUUUCCAUUGUUUUUAUAAAAAUAAGUUUGUUUGUAAUUAAAGUGCUUCAUUUGUCACUGAAAACAUUUCCCUAACCCUCACACUUUUUAUAGUUUUCACAUUUUUCCAGAGUAACAGUGUCGUUAGUCUGGUCAAUUUUAUUUGCAUUAUAAUUUCAUGAUAUGUCUUAAGAAUUACAUACCAUAAACAUAAAUAUAAA